GGUCGAGGCAGUGAGCACGUGGUGUCACGCAGCUGCUUAAUCUGCUAAACCUGUGUGGUGUUCUGAAUUAGGUUUACAUUUUACUUUUUUUGUCGUAGUGUUGUGUUCAUAUAAAUGUUCAUAUGCUUGCACUGAAGAGUGUUUUGAGAUGCCUAAGGUGUUUCGAUGCUAUUUCAUAUAUUUACAUAUAUUAAAAUAACAAUUUUAAGCUUACAUUACAAUUUACAUAACUCAAUGUAUUCACAAUCAAAUACCUAAAGUCACAAUUUUACCUAACCAAGACCUUUCCGAUUUUAGUAGCAGCAUUUUAUUUUAAUAAUUAUUCUUAUUUCCCGUACAUGGCUAAAAUUACACGACUAUGAUUACAGGUUACACGUGGUUUGUUUUCAUUUUCUUCAGGUGACUCGAUGCAUUUGUCGUGAUGGCAUCAAAUGAUCCUGCAUAUGAGAUUAUUAGAACCAACAAAGUGAAACUGCAGGAAUACCUCCAGGCGAAGUCUUCAGAAGUGCUUGACCAUUCCUGUCAAACAGGGAUAGUCCUGCGCAGUGAAUACGCGUCCCUCAGAAGCGAGAAUAACCCCAUUGCACGAACACGGCACCUGGUUGACCUGGUGCUCGACAAGGGAGAAGAAGUGUGCAUGAGAUUCAUUGAAGCCGUGCUGGUGCCGCUGAGAUCCGAGAUCCCUCUCUUGGAUCAGUGGAUAUCACAGCAUGAGCAGCAGCUCAACGUGAUGGGUGUCGAUCUGAGCAGAACUGUGGGUAAAGCCAUCCCUGGAGCAGCUUUUCGCAAAACAUACAAGACAGGUGGUGAGGAUAUUUUUAUCAAGAUAAAAAAUAUAUUUUACAAAGAUAACUCUGGUGUAUACAGAGAAUUUUUGCUGAAGCUGACAUCAUUAACACAAGACUACAACGCACGACCUGGAGAACCUGCAGUGUUUUUGCUGGAGAGGAUGGUGACGCCAAUUCUGAUUCCCUACUACCACCAGCAAGAAACCAAGGAGCACGAGUUACUAGCGAGAGGCAAGAAACACGAGGAGCUGAUGAAGAGAGCACAGAGAGAAGGGAUGACUUGCAAUAAUCUCUUUGAUCCCAUUGGUUACAUUGGAGAAAAAAAACACCCCAGACUGGUUAUUGUAGUGGGGAUUCCAGGCAGCGGUAAAACCAUGUUGAGCAAAUUCAUUGUGCACAGCUUGCUGUCAGGUGAGAAAGUGUUUGCACGCCGCUUUAAGCACAUUGUGCUCAUAACGUUCAGGGAGAUAAAGGAUGUUGGAGAGGUGUCACUCGCAGAGCUGUUUUCUGUGAUGCACUCAUGUUUGGGAAAGAAAGCAGAUGAGGUUUUCACAAACCAAAAGAGAACCCUUUUUGUUAUGGAUGGGUUGGACGAGUUUGGAAAGUCCCUUCACUAUGCCAAUGCUUGCACUGAUCCACGUAAGACGGCAACAGUAGAAGCCAUCAUUGCUGCCCUAGUGAAUGGAAAUCUCUUGCCCAAGGCCUCGGUCUUGAUAACGACCAGACCCAUUGCCAUGCAGCAGCUGAGGGAAGUGAAUGUUGAUCGAGCUGUUGAAAUCACUGGGUUUUCCAACGAAGAUAAAAUAGCAUUCUUUAACAAAUUUGACCAAGAUAGGAGUCUAGCAGAAAGGGCACUCAAGCUCCUGCAGGAAAAUGAAACAGUGAAUACAUUGUGCCAGAACCCUUCAUUCUGCCAUAUAGCAGCCAUUACACUGAAGGAACAUUUACAAAAGUCGGAUCAUUCUGAGAUUAUCCUCAAAUCAAUGACCGACCUCUUCACACAAUACGUGUUUGGGCUCAUAGAACACCGUGGACGUGGCAGCCGCGGAGCCAAGGAAAUUGUAUCGUCUCUUGCCAAUAUUGCUCUGAAGGGGGUUCAGCAAAAUAUCCAGAUAUUCAGCCAAAAAGAUCUAGAAGAGUGUGUUGUUAGUUCUUAUGAACUUGGAAGUACAUUCAUCAACAAAGUGUUCACAUGUGAGGGCAUUAAACAAGGGAGUUGCUAUUCAUUUUCACACUUGACAAUGCAGGAAUUCUUUGCAGCUAUAGCUGUGCAUCUGUCACAUUCAACACGGCCAGUGAGUGACAUCGUCAAAGCUAUUGAGGACAGCAAAGAUGGGAGGUUUGAUGUGUUUCAGAGGUUUUUUUGUGGACUAGCAUCAAGCACUCCAUGGAAGGUCUUUGAGGGUAUCUUGGAUCCUCCAUCUGCAGAUUCUCAAAAGGAAAUAAUCGAGUGGCUCAAUCGCAGCAUGAAGACUCAGAAGGUUGACAAACACAGGUUCAUCAGUCUCCUGCACUGCGUGCACGAGCUGCAUGACCGCAAGUCCCUGAGUGAUGCCACUCGGUCCAUGACUGAGAUAGACCUGUCAAGGACAAGGCUGUCCCUGCCAGACUGCGCUGCCAUCUCCUGGAUCCUGCUGCAACGAGAAGAACCUGUGAAGACACUCAACCUGUCGGGCUGCGGCAUCGGCACCGAGGAAAUGAAGAGGCUUCAGCCUGAACUGGACAGAUGUAAAAGGCUACUGUGAUCAAGCAAAACAAGACAAAACUGGACAAAACAGGGCGCACCAACCGGCCGAGGCUGCCAUCAUCGGCGCCACCCACCACAGCAGCUACAGAGACAGGUGAUAGGUAAUGGGUGUUAAUCUUAGUUGUAAAGCAUAAAAGAGACAAAGAUCCCUCAAGUGGCCCAUACAAACUGUUGGGGAAAAGGAAGCCAGUGACAGAGAACAAACACACACAACUACACUGCACUUUAGAACACAAAAACAAUCUCCCCGUGGAACCUGCAUACACUUUUGAGGCAAGUGCUGAUCGCAAUUCCCUGACUAGCACCGUCCUUGGCUGUCUUUCUCUCCCCAUUGCUGAUGUUUACACACCAUACCAGGUACUCAUUUAAGGCUGAGUCACCCUAGGGGAGUUCCAGGAGCAGAUUUUUAUCACUCACCACUGAUUAUGUUACCAGAUAUUGAACCCAGAUCACUUCGUUCGUAGUGGAAUGUGCCAACGACUUUCCCACCAUUCCCAUAAAGGCAUAAAAAUAUGCGAUGAAAGACACUCAUAUACACACACAGACAUGUACACACACAAACGUACACAAUGUACAUAUAAACUCACGUACUCCUACACAUGUACAAGUACAGCCUUUGGUCACUCCACUGCUGGAUAAAGCACUUCCACACCAUGCAGGUCUUGGGGGUUAUUUGACCAGACAUCACCACUCUUGUCAGUGUGGGUUGGGGUAGAGCAUAGAGAUGAAUGUUGUUCCAUUGCCAUAACGCAGCUCUGCAGGCUACAACACCUGUUCUUAUGCAUGUUAGUCUUGGGUAGAAGCACCAUCCAGGCUCGAGCCUAUUUAGAUUUUCAGAUUUUUUUUUAGAUCCUACAUGUACACUCUCAAAUAUUAAUAUACACACACUUAGUUUCAGUUUCAUUUUUCAGUUUAAUUUAUUUGGUAUAGCCCUGUGAGCCGUUUGGCUCUUAAAUCGGGUGCAACCGCAACAAAACAAAAAACAAAAACAUGAACAAGAAAACAUCUUAAAGUGACUUGCACAUGUACAUAUACACUAAUAUCCAUAUACACGAAUACUUGCACAUUACUACACACUCACACACACUUAUACACACCCCUGUUUGAGUCUGCAGUUUUAAUGUGACAGUAUUUUUUUACAUUAAAAUGAAUGCAAGCAAUCGUCAUAUAAUAAGGAUUCACAUUCAUGAAGCGCAAUUCGGCCAGUGAUCUGAGUGCACCAUGGACAAAUUAGUUAAUAUACGCAUGUGCAGGGAGUCCCAGGUUUACGGAAAUCCGAAUUUACAGAAAUGCUCCCAUGAAUCGUGUAAUAAAACUCAACGUGUGGAAAUGUUAGCGGUAGUUACAUAAGUACAACUAGUACAGCACGUUGAGGUUGCGGUCGUCUCCUGCGGAGCGAGGCUUAAGCCCCGCCUCAACCAAAACGCCGCCUUCACCGAGCCCGAGCUUCACAGGAUUAAGGUAUUUUUUUAUAUCAUUACGUAAUUAUUUUCCUUAGGUAGCAUUACGUAAUUGCUUGUUGUCUAUGCUUAGAACUAUACAUCCCCAUGUUUAUAUUGCUGGUUUGAAUUUUAAGUUUAUUUCAUGAGUUAUUUACUUUAGUUCCUGUGUGUGUGUAGGUUUGUAGACGAGGAGUGGUAGUGUCGUGAUUAGCGCGACGCUGCGCU